AACAUACAUAACCAGCAUCAAAACGGAAGCUUCAACAGUUCGAAGAGACAUAUCUGUUCAGCGCGGACUACUGAAUAAACAAUAGAUUUGGAAGUGCGUAUUGGAAAAAAGUUCCAUAGAGAAUACUGAUCGAAUGCCUACUGGAAAUAUGGGGAACAAUACGCAGGUGACCGUCGUUUCUGUACAUAGCCCAUUAAUACAAUUCUCUGCCUCUGGAAGUUAUUACACAUCAUAUGCCAUCAGCUUGAAGAGUAACAAUCCUUGUUUCACUCAUUCCUAUUCUCAAGUUCGGAGGCGUUACUCUGAAUUCCUGCAUCUGAGACGUCGACUGGCAGCUCAUCAUCCCACUGUUAGUAAUCCACCUGCUCUUCCACCUAAGAACUAUUUUCAUCGAUUUGAUGAUGCUCUUAUUGAGGAAAGAAGAGGUGGCCUCCAAAAAUUCCUAGACGAAGUUUUAAUAAUUCCCGUCUAUCUGUCUGAUAAAAGCUUGCAUAUGUUCCUUCAAACAUCAUGCAGCAUGACAAAAAUUGAUGAAGAAUGUAUUGGUGACAUUCCUGUCCCUCAUCUUAUGGAUGAACAACUGAUGGAGAAGCCUUUCGCCAUAUCAUCAGGAUCAGAAACAAGUUCCAAUGAUUCAUCAGAAAAUGUAAGCAAAAUGGAAGUUAGCACAUUCCAUGUAGAAAAUAAGACUUCUGGAUUGAGCACUGAUUCGGACAGUGGCUAUUCUUCAAUGAAAAGUUUGAAGAAUAAGAGAGUUACUCCUUCGAUACAUAUCAGUAGACCUUGCUCAAUUCCGAAACGACAAGGCAGCCUUGAUUCCAGUCCUUGCUCCUCUAUAUCAAGUUUGGAUACUAGCUAUUACUCUCCCAUGGAUUUCAAUAAAUCUCGUCGUGUAUCUUUUAAUGAAAACGUGACAGUAGCUGUUGUUUAUAACCAACUCUGGAAUAUUGCUACCGAACCCAUAAGAACAGGUAUAUAAAGAUUAGAUCAGCAAAUUGUAGAAAGUCAACUGGGGCAUUCCUCUCACAAAUAUCAUGUGAUAAAAUAUUGGAAUGUACAUAUUUAUCUGACAAAGCAACUAACUCAUGUGAGUAGAUAUCAUAAAACAUACAAGUCAUAUGAAUGAAAUUCUUUUUGCUCAAACUGUAAUCUUACAUACAGAUUUCAUAUCAAUUUCAUAAUAAGGUUUUUCUUUUACAUGUAUCGUUUGUUUUUCAUGUUCAUCCACAUCAUUUUCGCUUGUAAUCUAGUCACGUAUUUAUUUCUAGUGUAUUGAAAGAAACAAAAGCAUGAACAUUGAAUAGACUAGUUAUGAAGAAUCCUUAUGACUGGUAUUAUCUGGUAUUAUUAAUUACGAAAUAGCAGAUUCCAUUAUGUUACCUUCAUAAUAUCUUAGUUGUUUAUCUAUGAUAACAGAUUUUUCAGCAAUUGUGUUUGAUCAAAAAGAUAACUAUUGGCAAAUUGUUACACUUUAAUUUUCUACCAGUGGAAUGCAUGAUAAAAUUGUAAAGAUUUUUUUAGCUGAUUACAAGGUUUUUGCAUUAUGAAAAUCAUUAAAUUGAUUUUUGCAACCAAUUCAUAUUACGAUAAAUAUAACUUGGUAUAUUUAAUCAGUGAGAUGAAAGAAACUGAGAAAAGUAAAACAUAUUAAAUAAUCCAAUAAUCAAAUGCUAAAGUUUGGAGUUUUUAUAAGUGAUUAUUUUUCUCUGUUAUCAAAAUUAGAAGUAAAUAACGGUCCCAAAAUUGCGUUAGCGGGCAUACGGUACAAAACGAAAUCAUUAUUAAAACUUAUAAUUAUUAUAAAAUUUGUAAUAUCGUUGAUAUUAUUUACUAUAGAUAGAAAUAUAGAAAAUAUUUAUCCAAAUCUAAUAAUAUCAAAAUAUUUCUGCCUUUAUUUAUUAGCAUAUUAGAAAAUACUCAAAUGUUGUGGGUCACUCGGUUAUUGCUUUAAACAAGUAAAAUUAUCGUGAAUUAACAAUCACAGAAUUUCUAGAUAUGAAAUAACGUAAAAUAUAUUUAGUUUAUACAACAAAAAAACAUAUUAAAUUUAUGCAAAUAAAAAAGGCAGAAAUAAUCACCAAACUUCAUUAAUUUUAUAGUACUGAGUCAUGCAUAUCACGUCCAGUGAUUUUUAUGUGAAAAUGUUUAAUAAAGUUUAUAUUGUCGUUGCGUUUAUUUAUUAAGUUUUUUCAUCAAUUGUAGGAAAAUGUUAAAAAAAAGUUGGCAUUUAUACAACAACUUUUCUUGAAAGCUACAUUCCUUUAUGUUGUUGAGAAAAAAUAUUCUGUUCUUAUAUGUUUAUUUCAUUUUCAUUAUUUUUAAUGUGCGUUUUUUUUUGAACAAAUGUAUAAAUAAAGUCAUUAUAUUCUAAAGAUGG